GUUCUGCCCUCGGGUUUCCCUCCAUCUGUAACGUGCACACAAACUAAAUAUAGAGCUAGCACGCAUGUGUUCCCAUGUUGUGCGCGCUCACAAGAGGUUUCAUGAGCCAGUCAAGUUUCCACCAAGGGCGAUGAGCAUUGCUGCGGAGACAGGGGGCUCACCUCUGCACCAAGCAGCACCGUGCUUCACGAUCACACACUCUGGGAAUUUCGCAUAACAUGUAGCCUUGGCUAGCCAACUGUUGUGACUUGUUACUCUGUUGGUCUUUCCUCGUGAGCAACGUACUAGCCUACACAUCUCUAUGUCUUGGGAGGAGUUUCUGAAGAAUGCCAUCAGCGGAAAUUGAAAUCGUGGCUGUAUUGUUGUGUGAUGUUUCUUGCUACCUGUGCAUCUUCAAAACUUUUCUAAUUGAGUGAGAUCAGCUUUUAGUGACUGUAAGAAACAAUAAUAUAUAUUUGAACGAACUGAAAACUGGUGGAUUUUUGUGGAAACUGACUCUUGAUCUUUCCCUCCAGACUCUAAUUCAGAAACCAGAGUAGAGAGGGGGUAAACAUUUACAUGACAGUAAUGUAAUUGUUAGAUAUGUUUUCAUGGAUUCUGUUGUGACUUGAAUUGCCUUCCAUCAUUUCGAUGUACUAAGAUUUUAUCGCGAAACACGAUAAAUAACGGUACGUGCACGUACGGAGACUGCGAGGAAGAGCUUAGUGUGUUGUUUUACAGAAUGGGUGUGGCAGACAGACACUUCCAGAGUGAUUCUCCGCCGGCAGGGUAGCCUAGACUCUAGUGAAUCUGCUGUACAGAGGCAGGGUGACCAUCACCAGAGGAGGUGCUCUUGCGCUGCUAGUGAUCAGUCGAUGGAAUUACUUGACCUUCUAGACUCUGCAUUUGGUCUGUGUUCACAAGUGACAAGUGCUUGUAUGCGUCCAUCCGAAUAUAUGGCACAAAGCAUUGUCAUAUUUCAAUUUUUACAGAUAUAGGCCUAGUCAGCCUUGUUGUUGAGCUCAACGUCUAGACUAAAAUGACUUGUCAACUUUUAUGACUGGUUAUAGUGAUUGGUCAACUUUCACAACUGGUAAUUCGUCGGAAUAUGGAAAAAAGCGUCGUUUCAUUUCCAUUUACCAAUAGUCAGCUUUGUUGUUGAGCUCAGGACCAACCCCCCACACAAUGGUUUCUUAUCUGCUGUGCCCUUGUUGCCUGGUCCCGCGGGCCCUGAGCUUUUAUCGCGACACCCAGCAGCUGUCUUCAUCCAGUCAGAUGGCGGCCGCAGCAGCUGUGGCAAGUCCCCCUCACUGCACACAGAUGCCUCCGGGAUCAGAGACCCCAAGAGGUCCCUUUUCUGCCCGUUCAGAGGGUCAAAGGUUAGAGGGCGUGACUCAGGUUCAUGCAGCGGCUGUGAAUGGAGACCGGCAGACUCUGUCUAGGCUCUUAGCGGCCGGCAGUUACGGGGACCUGGAAGUGGGCGACCAGUUUGGCCGUAGCCCCCUCAUGUACUGUGUCCUGGCCGACCGGCUUGAGUGUGCCGAGAUCCUGCUCAAGGCUGGUGCUCAGGUCAACUUACAGGAUAGAGGGGGUCGCACGGCGCUACACUGGGCUGCCCAUAAAGGCAACCUACGUUUCAUGAAGCUGCUGUUGUCUCGCGGUGCCGACUGCCGGGAGAAGGACAAUGAAGGCCAGACGGGCUUACACUUGUGCACCCGACACAAACUGCCCAAGUGCAUGGCGCUGUUGCUACGGCAACUGACUCCCGGGGAGAUUGACGACCAGGACAAGAAUAAGAGAACAGCUUUGCACUGGGCUGCCUCAUAUGGGAAUCUGGAACAUGUCAAAAUGCUCAUCAAACAAGGGUCCAACAUCGGCAUCCCAGACACAGAGGGCAAGACGCCGCUGCACUGGGCGGCCAGCUCCAGAGACCCGGACGCUGUCAGUUGUGUGCUCCUCAUCCUGGAGACGACACCCAGUGUGAUUAACUGGCAAGAUUACGAGGGCCGGACAGCUCUGCACCUGGCUGUCGCGGACGGGAAUGAGAGUGUAGUCAUCAUGUUGACCUCGGUGGAGAACUGCAACGUGUCGGCCCUGGAUAAUGUUUUCCGCACGCCUCUGCACUGGGCGGCUGUUCUAGGUCACUCCAAGAUUGUUGCGAUGCUUCUGAAAAGUGGAGCAGACAGUUCCAGCUCCGACUCCAACGGAGCCACGGCUUUACACUACGCAGCACAGAAUAAUUUCAGUGACACGGUGUCAGUGUUUCUUAGCAACCAGUGCACCGACGAGGCUGACCUUGAGGGUCGUACGGCCUUCAUGUGGGCUGCGGGGAAAGGAGCCGAUGAUGUCAUCCGGGUGUUUCUGGAGCAAGGAGUGGACAUCCACCAGGAGGACAAGACGGGGGACACGGCCCUACACGCGGCAGCUCUGUCUGGCCACAGCACGACUGUGCAGCUCCUGCUCAACAGCGGCGCGCGCCUGGAGGGCAUGGACCAGGCCAAGCACACGCCGCUGUUCCGCGCCUGCGAGAUGGGCCAGAUGGACGUCGUCCAGACGCUGAUCGAGUACCGGGCACGGGUCGAUAUACUCGACCAAGAUGGCCGCUCUCCGCUUCACUGGGCUGCCCUUGGAGGCCACGCCUACAUCUGUCAGAUGCUCAUCAAGUACGGAGUGCACCCUAACAUACGUGACAACUCAGCGAGGACUCCUCUCCACUGUGCAGCGUACGGGGGCUUUGUCAACUGUAUGUCUGCCCUGAUGGAACACGGGGCCGAGCCCAACUCUCAGGACAAGGAGGGAAUGACCUGCCUCCAUUGGGCCUGCUCCAAGGGUCAUCUGGACGCGGUCAAGCUACUGGUGGAGUACGCCGCCUACCCCAACCACAUGGAGUUUACGGAGGAGAGGUACACUCCGCUGGACUAUGCCCUGAUGGGGGAGCACCAUGAGGUGGCUCAGUAUAUGAUAGAGCAAGGGGCUUUAUCCAUUACUGGAAUACAAGACAUUGCUGCUCUCAAAAUACAGUCUGCGUUCAAAGGGUUCCGGGUACGCAAAGCUUUCAUCGAGAGAAAGAAACUGUUUAUGAAGCAUGAGAAGCUGAAGAAGGAGGCCGCGAGAAAACGGGCUGCUGAAGAAGGCAAAAAGUCGGAGGAUCAAACUGUACGUAAACAAGACACAAUGAAGAGCUCAACAGCUUCCAUCCCGGGUACCGAACAUCAGACUCCGCAGCAACAAGCUGAACAGCUACCUACUCCACCACUAGUCAUUCAAGACUCACAGGAAAGCCUACCUCCAGACAGCCGGGCCGAAUCCUCCUCGCAGACGAUCAAAGAAGAAGUUCCGACUGAGCGGGAAACAGGAUUGUCUCAGCAACAGCAACAUCAGCAAAAACGACAACAGCAGCAAAAACAGCAACAUGAGCACAAACAGGUACAACCUCAGCUUCAACGAGAAGAACGCGGUGAAGAUCCCGUCGCUGUCAACGGCAAGACGUUAACUUCUGCUUCCUCUGACUCUGAUUCGGGGGCUGUGACGGGUUCCUCAUCAACUGUUUCCAGUCAAGGAAGGCGAAAGCACACACAGCUACAGCAGCAGCAGCAGCCUGCCUCUCAAAAGGACAUUGUGGUUGAGAAGAAGAAGAGUCCGGACCCUCUCACUGUUGAGGUUCAGAAGAAGAGUCUCAUGCCUGCACCUGCGCCCGUGACCACCCUUCCCAAGCAGGAUGAACCGACACGCAGACAGCAGCAGACAGUUGGGACGCCGGACGUCAAACCCAAGCAAAGGUCUCGGUCAGGCGGCCGACUCCAGGAACGCGGGCACUCCGCUCCCCCGAGAAGGUCUUCCAAACCCAUCGCCUUAUCCUACGCACAACUACUACAGCAAAAAGACGCAAUGCAGCGGCAACAGAAGCCGCUUCAAACAAAACAGCUGCAGUCAAAACAGCAACCGCAGCGCAAGUCCAAACAGCAGCAGGUCACACAACAGCAGCUGUCUAAACAGCAAACACAUCUGCCAAAACAACAAACGCAACCGAGGCUUAAACAGCAACUGCGACAACCUAAACAACAGCUGCAACAACAGCAGCAGACACCGCCGCUCCGACAGCAAGCGCAGCCGCCGCACCUCCCUCCGGGCAGCGCGGAGCCUAGGAGUCGUAGCAGGAAGGGUCGCAAGUCCUCAAACACCUCAGCCCUCAGUGUCAGUGUGGAGCUGUCUAGUUCUGCGUCAGUCGAUGGGACCGGAGCCUCUGCCACGCCCCCAGCACAGAAGAAGACAGCGGAGCCCACAGAGAGUGAAAAGAUUCUCGCCCACCGGAGCCAGACGCAGCAGGUGAAGCUGGAGGAACGACGGAGACAACAGUUGUACCACAUGAAGGUGGAGGCAGCACGGAGGAUACAGAGGGCAUGGAGACGGUAUUUCAAGACCAAAAAGACCAGGACGAUACACCAACAGUUUGAGAACUUUUCCAAAGAAGGCGUGCGGAGAAAACGACUUCGCGCAACUCAGGAGGAAUGGGAACGACAGAUUGCUGCACUCACUAUACAGUUAGCUUGGAGGAAAUUUUACAGGAGGAAGUUGCUCCGCUCGCUUCACCCCAACCGUCGGCAGCUGCUCAUGUGGGAUCCUGAAGUGGUCGCUUUGAAGCAACAGGCUCUAGUGAACUACAUCUAUAAUGAGCAGAUCCACGCCCCGUUCUGGCAUCCUACUCUCAAGGCCGCCGCCCGUCCGUUGUGGUUCCGGUUCAUUCCCUCCGCUGCAGCUGUGUCGUACAAUUUUGCCGUGGACCAGUACGUGCCCUGGGUGUCCAGAUUGGGAGCUCAGCCGCCUUUCCCUGAGCCUGAGGCGACAUCUGGUGGCGUGGGCCGGCCUCACGGUCACUCCAGUGGCUCGUCUCGAGCGUCCAGCUCAAGGACAGAGAGUGUUCGCUCGUCCAGGGCAAGGUCAGACGGAAGUCAAGACGAAGAGAAAAGAGCUCCGAGCCCAGCUGUGAAUAGUAAGAAGUCCGCUCUCUCCUCCAGCAACACCAAAAAGAAAUCAUGAUGACGAAGAUGCCUUUGCAAGGACAUGGUGAUAAGUUCACUGCUAUGGAUGUGAACGCUUCGCCUUAGAUUUGUUUGGGGUUUUUUUCCUUCGUCCGAAUCAUCUUAGGUCUGUUUGAAUAGAUCUGGUGUUUUCUAGCUUCCUGUGUCACUUCAGCCGACAAAGCUUUACUGUAUGCCUGGAGCUGAUGAUGUUACUGUGCUUGUUUUGUUUUUUUGUGUUUUUUUAAUUGUCACCUGCUGCCAUUCACGACACUUCAUGUCAUUAAAUUGUUCAAGUAUUAUUACUUUGUUAACUUACAAUGUACAUAUAUUAAUGUCAAUAUAAUACCAUGCCAUAUCUUUUUUUACUCACUUGUAAACAUGUUUUCUUUUACUUCUGUGAUACGUAAUGAAGAUUUGAAAUUCAGGCAAUAUCUUGUAAACUUCUGGUAGAUCUCAGUCGUGUCAUUGGGGAAGAUAUGAUUUUUACAGACAUUCUUCUUACAUGGUACGGGAUCCAGUGUCGUUAUUUUUUUUUAUGUACUUCAGACACUUGAAAGAUGUUUAGCUUUCUGGAUCUUAAGUCCUUUUCUUUCUCCAUCAGCAGGUAGAUCUGAGAAUUGAUUUCAAUUAGUGUAUUUGUUACUUAAGAGUUGUACUUACUGUUGCUUGGCUACACCAAACGAGCUUCUAUGGUGCAGCGGUUAGGGGCUUUGCUGUAGCACACAGGAGACCAGAGUUCAUUUCCUCUGAGUUGGGAGAAUUAUUAUCGAGUAUCUGGAUCUUUCUGCUGGGAUGUUGUAUUCCCCAAAGCCUGGUUGCCCCUAACGGGCCAGGUCAAAGCCUACCUCGUAAAUGAUCUGAAUUAUGUAGAUGAGGCCGUAAAAACACCUGCAUCGAAAAAAUAAUAAUGAAAAAAAACAACAACAAAACUGCACUGUCUUUUCAUUUUUGUAUACCUACCAGUGAUUCUUUUCCCGUCCUUGUUGAUAGUGAAGUCAUUUCAAUUUUCAUGGGAAUGUGAAGCUUCGUGUGUGUCUGGAAGUUGGGACAAAAGUAGAAAGGGAGAUACAGGUGGGAAGAGAGAGAGCGAGAGAGAGAGAGAGAGAGAGAGAGAGAUAUGGAGGGGGAG